AUGUUAUUGGAUCCAAACGAUCGUGUAUAUAUUACUUGGAAAAUGUUAGAAAAAUGUUAUGAAUUAGUCAAAGGAUCAUUAGAGAAUACGAGUAAUGAACCAAAUAGGAACAAGUUAAAGAAUGUGGAUAAUAAACUUGAAACUUCUACACCAACAUUAACAACAUUAACAACUUUAACAAAUAAAAAAACAUUUGAUAAAGAUGAAGUAAUGCAUAAUAUAUUUAAAUCUUUCACAAUUAUAUUAUAUAACAAUCCAAAGCAAGUCGGCAUGGUUUCAAUUCCAAGAAUAAAAUUUGAUUAUUCGUCCAUCAUUACGAAUAAUACUAAAUCAUCACCAUAUUUGUGGGUGGUUCCAUUUAUCAAAUCUGAUAGUAUUAAAAAUAUAGAAUUAUAUUUUAUCAGAGUUUCAUCUUUAAGUAUUGUUAAUGAGAUGCAAAGCGAAUUUUCAGGUGUGGUAGGACCUUUCGGGAUCAAUUCUGAGGCUGCAAGGUUUCCGAAAACUUUGUUUGCACCCACUCCUACCAAGACAGACCUUCAUGAAUCGACUCCAAUAGAGACGAUCAAUAGGAAUGACUUAAAAAGCAAUAAUGCAAAUAUCAUAGAAAUUUAUGAUAGCUUUUUAGACCAUGCUGUUAUAGCCGGAUUAAUAGGAAUGUUUAUAAUUUUUAUUGUCUGUGGGUGA